AUGGCUUCCGUUCGAUCUCUCGGCCUCCACGAGCCUUCGGCUGUAUCCUACCUUGUCGCAGAGGGUAUCCUCCCUCCUGAUCCCUCGGAGGACCACUAUAAAUGGACGGUAUGCGUUGACGAAAGCGGGUUGACUGGUCCGGUGGACGAUGAGCUGGUAUGGACGAAGCAUUGCGUUGUAUGGUCCCGCGCAGGGAUGGUGAAACGAGUCUUUCGAAUGGACCCCGAGAAAGAAGAGAUUCGACAUGCCCUGUUUACCCAGUUUGUGGCCGUCAACACUAAGCGUCCUGGAAACACGACUACCAGACCAGCCGGCACCGCAGAGAGAUCUACAAAACAGAGCCAGCGAAAUGGGAGACGAUCGAUGGAAGUCCAGGGCUCAACAUUGAAUUUGCAUGGAGAUACCCAAGUGGCAGCGGUUGCUCCUCAGCAAUCUAGUGAGAUUCUUUCCAGAGCUCUGGUGGUGGUCCUGAAAUCACAAGCACAUAUCUUCUUUGUCGCGGGUAAUAGCCAUACAAUUCCUCUGCCCUUCGAGGUGGAAUCUGUCUUUGCAACCCCUCGUGGUAUUCUUCUCCAAAGGAAAAUCCCAGAACCUGCCGAAGGACGCCAGCAACCGGCAGCGCCUCCCAAUUCCUUCAUGACAAACUCGCUAUUCGACCCGGGUGCUUCACAGUCAUUUGGCAUGAGACCACCUUCCAGCAAAGGCAGACGCCCUUCGAUUAAGCUCUCAGCUCCAAGCUCUUGGAUGCCUCACUCUAGUCCAAGUAAUGACUUACCUCGAGUCUUCUCUCUCAUCGAUCCUCAUUCAGAGAUGGGCCUGGUCGUGACAUCGCAGAGCUCUCGAUGGCUUCAGAGUAGUGUCAACAGCACCAGAAGGCGGCCAUCCGGACUGGAAGUCCUGGAUCCAUUGGAUGAGAUUGUAUACAUUUCUCCAAAGGACGAGAUUCUAGGCACGAACAGAGGUUCAACCAAUGGUCCAUUGAUCCUAGUGGUAACCCUCAAUACCACUACAGGAAUCUAUACGAUCUGGACUGCACGCUACAAAGAUGAUGAAUCUGGUGGCUCGAUGAAGGACAAAGCCAGACGCGAGACAGGAGGCACUCGGUCAGUAAGACGGAGCUCGCAUUUCAGCAUGGCAACUGGUGCAACAACACCAGCUGCUCGCACUACAGGCCGAGAGAGCCUUGGAGCUUGGACCGAAAAGAGUCAAACCGAAUCUCAGCAACCUGAAGACGAUCUUGCUUCAAGGGUCGCACAGGACUUCGGUGAUGUCGGUGUGCCCCUCAAGACAUCAAGACGAGUCAGCUCUUUGCUCGCGCGAACGGAUCUUGCCACCAGUCAAGAUCGCAUGACAUUUUCGGAGCUGGCUCACGGAAGUCAGUCUAGUACCAUACCUCAUGGUCAUGGCAGCUUUCGGCAGUCCAUUGGAGGAGCAAGCACUCGUGGAAGCUUUGGCUUCAACCCGCGAGGCUCUCUUCCUCCUGGGACAGGCUCUGUCUAUAGUACUGCAGGCAGCUUUGUGGAUGCCCCGGUGGAUAGGCUGCUGGAAGAACUCAACAACGAUGCGCUGUCAGAAGGGUUUGAGAACAUUGCCCUUCGUGAAUCGGCAUCCGGGCUUCCAGAGGAGCUUUUGCUAAACAAGGUCGAGAGUUUCCCGUCGAAAUUCUCCGGAAACUUCCAAAAGUCCACAUCAGAGCCGGCAUCCCGGCGGUUGAAGGUCUCUACUUUGGUUUCCACUGAUUAUGGAAGCGCACAAAAGGGAAGCACUGCUUCCGUUGCCAUUUGCAUUGUGGACCAAGAGGCACAGAACAUGACCAUUGUAAACCUGAAAGCAGAUCGAGUUUCCAUUUCAAAGAGCCGGAAAAAGAAGAACAAGUCUGACCAGAGUCCAUUGCUUGUUCACGCGGUCAAGGUUAAGCAUGUGCCGAACAUUUUAGAUGCUUGCCCGAUCUCCGAUGGAGACAUCUCACGAAUUCUUUCACUCAGCGAGACAGAAAGCGGUCACCGCGAGCUAUCUUUGCAAACACUCUGGGGUAGCCCGACAAAGAUUGAGGUUCCUAUUCCACUACAGCUGUAUGAACCUCAUGGUAUCUCUGCCAACAAGCUGGAGGCACGCCCAAGAGAAAGCGGUGUUAACCGAGUGAUGGCUGACCCUAACCUCAUCUUCGUCAAGUUUGAUCAUGUGUGCUCUCGAGGCAAGAUUGACCUGGUGGACACUGAUAACCAACGACACAGGCUCCAAAUUCGAAUGGAGCCCCGCAAUGAUCUGGUGAAGAAGAUCCUUAGAGUCUGCAAAUUCGCCUUGCGUGACUCGGAUAAAGCAGGCGAUGGUAUCAUGGUUGCCUGGUGGGAAGUCAUCAAGUGGCUACGAGGUAAAGAGGACAUUGAAAACGAUCUUGAAUGGACAGCCAUGACAGUCGUGCUAUUGAGCUUAGCACUUCCAUUCGUCACUCCUCCGUCCACUCCGACACCCAAGCGAACCCGCCGUAAGAAGGGCUUGUUAAGGUCGAGCAGUGGUGGUCAUCUGGAUCUUGAAAGCUGGGAGACCAUGCUGGACCUGGAAUCCGGUUCAUCCGGUGUUGUAGCACCUUGGAUGAUGGGCAGCUCAUGGGGGUGGAUUGUUGAACAAGACGCAAUUGAAGACCUUGCAACAACAUCACGUACACCCAAGAUUGACCAGCCAAAUACGAGCCGAUCUACCUACCGCAGCAAUUCAUACUUGCUUCGAUGCAUUGUACUCGGUCGUGAAUUCCUUCAGACCCCCCAAGGUAUUAGGGCUGCUGGCGACGAAGGCUAUCUCCCUAUUUCAGAACUGUUCUCCGAAAAUACAAGAUGCACCGCUUUAUGUAGUGUCGUUGUGGCCUUGCAUUUGCUCCGAGAGGAACAGAAACUGUCAACAUGUGAUUCGGAAGAAUCCCAGAGACCACUGGGUCUGCUUGCUCCCGUGCUUGCACAACUGGGCGGCUGGCUAGGCUGGAACUCUUGGAAAUGGACCGAGGACGCCUACUUCGGAACCGAAAUGGCUAGUAUGGAGCGCUGGCAAUUCGAAGAUACCCAAAUAUCCGGACUGAAGGUACCCCGAGAGCCAUUCUCUCCUCCGUCUAUCUUUGCUUUCCUCAUGGAAGCUGCUCACCAAAACCCUACACCGUUUAUUACUCUUCUCGAUAUUGUGACAGCGUCCGAGCGAAGUCCUAGGAAGGGCCGUAUGUGGCGUGAAUGUUUCAGUCUUACACCAAGGACAUUGGCACUGAAUGGCUUCUUCACUGAAGUUCACAAUGUAUCAACAUCCUUGGAAAAGAUCAAAUUGUUGCAGCGUUGGGGAUUCACCAAGAGCGUUAUUGACAGCUUCCCUGAAGGUGUCAGUGCACCACUAUACGAAGCAGUCAUGCAAUGUCAGAUCGAAGCCUCCACCUCAUGGAACGCAUCUCUCUUGGAAUUGAUUGACAGGGAAGACCUCUACAUGUCGAUGAACCCCACUCAAAGCUCUUCGUUGCCAACGCCACAGCAACAUACACCAUCUCACGACGCUGUGCGAGACUUCCAUUACAUCAGCAGUGCGGCGUUAGACAUCGAUGCGAUCAAUGCCUUCGAGGCCUCUGCCGAGGCUGAUCGAUUCUCUGUCACAAGAUUGAUAUUCAAAGAGGAUAAGCGGUUCCUUGAGGCAACCAGACUCCUUAAUCAGUCAAAAGCCCCUGUGGCAGAGUGCAUAGCCGAGCCAGGUUGGAGCGAUGCUGAUCUUCUCGAAGCACAAAAAGAGAUUGUACAGCUGGUGACAGUUCGUACUCUUUCUACUCCUGCGGGUCGUGGAAUGCUUUCCUACAGUGGACGGCUUCCAUUGUUGACCGAGAAGCUACCAAUCCCGUCCUUUUCGCUACAAUGUGUCAUGAAGCCAUCUAAUGUCACAGUCAGUGCAGACCGAUCUGCCUUCUCGGAAGAGAAAGUCUGUUGGGCAUUCUUCCACAAUGGUGUCUCCACUGGCUUGGCAAUCUCCAAGGCGUCCAAGGGAAUCGACACUUCCUGGAUCUUGUUCAACAAGCCACAGGAGCUUACCAAUCGCCAUGCCGGUUUCUUGUUGGCGUUGGGUCUGAAUGGUCAUCUGAAAUCGCUGGCUAAGUGGGUUGCGUUCAAGUACCUCACUCCGAAGCACACCAUGACCUCGAUCGGUCUCUUGCUAGGACUUUCUGCUUCGUAUAUCGGCACAAUGGAUACCCUCAUCACACGUCUGCUCUCGGUCCAUGUGACACGAAUGCUUCCAAUGGGGGCAGCUGAGCUGAACCUUUCGCCUUUAACCCAAACUGCCGGAAUUAUGGGUAUUGGUAUGCUCUACUGUGGCUCUCAACAUCGUCGCAUGAGCGAAGUUAUGCUCUCCGAGAUUGAAAACAGUGAGUAUGACGAGCAGGCUGCUACACAAGAAGACCUCCGCGAUGAAGGUUAUCGACUGGCCGCAGGAUUUGCUCUUGGUUUCAUCAACCUUGGUAAGGGUGAUGAUCUACGUGGUAUGCGAGACAUGCACAUUGUUGAACGGCUGUUGGCAAUUGCUGUGGGGACGAAGAACGUCGAUAUUGCCCAUGUGCUUGACCGCGCCACGGCUGGCGCAACGAUCGCCUUGAUGAUCAUCUUCAUGAAGACGAACGAUUCGGUAUUGGCCAAGAAGAUUGAUAUCCCCGAUACAACUGUUCGUUUCGACUACGUCAGACCAGAUCUAUUCCUGUUGCGAACUCUGGCUCGGCACAUCAUUAUGUGGGACAGCAUCCAACCCACUGCUGAGUGGAUCAGCUCAAGUCUUCCUGAGGUAUACCGAGGCAGAUCGCGACUCGUGGACGUGCGCCGCUUGCGCAGUGAAGACAUGCCUUUCUUCAACAUCAUUGCUGGUCUUUGCUUUGCCCUCGGUCUCCGCCAUGCUGGAUCAGGGCAAGCACAAGCACGAGACCUAUUGUUGUUCUACCUAGACCAGCUCAUUCGCAUUUCACGGUUGCCUGUGCGCAAUUACGAUGCCAAACUGGCGCGCAAUUCUGUCCGUAACUGCCAGGAUGUGGUAGCUCUCGCCGCUGCCGCAGUCAUGGCUGGCACUGGUGAUCUAGCUCUAUUCCGACGCCUACGCUCUCUGCAUGGCCGUGUCGAUGCAGACACACCCUAUGGCAGCCACAUGGCAGCACACAUGGCGAUAGGAGUUCUCUUCCUAGGCGGAGGCAGCUACACACUUGGCACAUCCAACCGCGCUCUAGUCUCCCUCAUCUGCGCAUUUUACCCAAUAUUCCCUACCUCCGUGCUCGACAACAAAUGUCACCUCCAAGCCUUCCGCCAUCUCUGGGUCCUAGCCGCGGAGCCACGCUGCCUCAUCCCACGCGAUCUCGACACCCGCCGACCAAUCUCCAUCCCAAUAACAAUCACCCUCAACGACGAAACAACCCGCACAGUCGGCGCCCCCUGCCUCCUCCCAGACCCAAGCAGCAUAACACGCAUCGACAUCCGUGGCCCAGACCACUGGCCCCUAGCCCUAGACUUCAGCCAAAAUGACACCCUCCGCGAGAAGUUCCACCACGGCGACCCAUCCAUCUACCUCCGUCGCAAAGCAACCUACAGCCCCUCAGGCUCCUCAACCUCCGUCUUCGCUUCAACCCUAACAGGCCUCAGCGAAGCCCAAGACAUCCUCCAAAAGUCAACAGCACAAUCCUCAUCCCAAGCAAAGGGCCUCCCUCCCUCCGCUUGGGAAACCCACACAUCCCUCCUCUCCCCAACAUCCCCAAGAUCCCUAACCCCCUCCCAAUCCCCUUGGGACUGGAUCUUCAACCUCCCUUCCCUCCAAGGCCUCGACAUCCGCGAACGCUCCCUGGUCCUCCCAUCCUCCUUCCCAAUGCGCGGAGAACGAAUCACCUCAGACAUCGUCUCGGCUCCACCCUGGCUCCGCACCUCAGCCGUUGACGCCCGCCUCGCGCUCUCCCAUACCGUGCGCAAUAUCGUGCAGUCUGCCCGUGGCCGUGGCGGUGAUCCCGACGAAGUCCGUGAUCAUAUCUGGCAGUUGCGAUUGCUGUUUGAUUGGCUGGAUCGGACCCAGCCUGUUGAGAGGGAUUCGGCUGAGCCGGGUAUCAAGACUGUUGCUGUGCAGCCGCCUUCUGGGCUUUGGCUGCGGAGGGACUUUGUUGAGGAGGCUAGGUGGCAGGUUUGGGGUGUGCAGAUUGGUGAUCGGGUCGAUGAGUAG